CUACGUGUUUAAUGUUGCUUCUUUUUUUCCCUAUAUAUCUCACUUUUUCGCAUCAUGAAGUGAAUGAAAAAAGAUGGGGAGAGUUAAGCUUCAGAUCAAAAAGAUUGAGAACAUAACAAAUAGACAGGUUACUUUCUCAAAGAGAAGGAAUGGUUUAAUCAAGAAAGCUUAUGAACUUUCUGUUCUAUGCGAUGUUGAUGUCGGUCUCAUCAUGUUUUCUCCAUCUGGGAGAGCCACUCUCUUCUCUGGCAAUAGAAGCAUUGAAGAAAUCCUAGAACGAUAUAUAAAUCUUCCAGACAGUGAACGUGGAAGGAUGCAUAAUCAAGAGCACAUCCGAAAGGUGCUUAGAAAGUUGAAAGCUGAAACUGAUCAGAUAUGCCAAGCUCCUAGCCCUACAAUUACAGACUUCCAACUAAAGGAGGUUCAAAGAGAAAUAUUUAUUUGCAAGUCUCAAUUGGAAGAGAUGGAGAAUCGACUAAGGAUAUUUGAAGGAGAUCCUUCAGAGAUUACCACAUUGUGUGAGGCGGAAUAUCGUGAACAAGUCCUGCAGGAAACUCUAAAACAAGUGCAACUGCGAAAAGUACAUCUUACAAAAACUGUAGAUGUAGAUGGAUUUAUUGCUGGAACUACAGAGAAUGCAUUAGGCUGGUUUUCUCAGGGAGAUACCAAUGAUCAGAUUCUAAACUUUGCCAAUGCUUACAACCCUUCUCCUCUCAGUGAUCACCAAUCACUGAGUACUGUUGUCGAUAUGGUAACGCCAACUUCGACCCUUCUGAACUCUGCAAACGUCGAUCACAAUUGUCAAAUUAGUCCCAGGGAUGCUGCAGAGGCUGACAUUAGUAAUACACUAAGUACUCAGUUUGGACAAGUUAUGGACACCAGUUUGUCCUCUUGGGAGCACCUCCAUCAAUUAGAGAGAGGACCACUGGCAGUUGCAGAGACAAGAGAAGGGCAUCUGUUUGAGCAGUAUUUUUCUCAAUUUAGUCCGUCAAAUAUCUUAAUAACUAAUCAUGGUCAACUUCAAACAUGAUAUAUGGUGGUGUCUAUGUACAUGUUUUCUAGGAAAUGCAUUUGCAUUUUCUCAGCUAGCAGCUGAAAUGAGAUGGUUUAGAUUUGUUUGUAUCGAUAUUCAUGACUUGUAUGUGUGUAGUAGAAUUGAAUUGGUUGAAUUUAGUUGCUAUUUGCUAGAAUUUGAUGAAUCAGAUGAUCGGGUAAGUAACUUCUUUCUCUUUUGGAUUA